ACUGUGCCGCCUGUCAUCCCCCGCGGGCCGUCACCCACCACAGCCCCGUCCGAGCUCCGUUCGCCUUGUCACCGGAACCUCCGUCACUAAAAGUUUCACUUCGCGCUCCUUUUCGUGAAUGACGGGCGGCCGGUUCGACUUUGACGAUGGCGGCACCUACUGCGGUGGGUGGGAGGACGGCAAAGCCCACGGCCAGGGUGUGUGCACCGGACCCAAGGGCCAGGGCGAGUACUCGGGCUCCUGGUCCAACGGCUUCGAAGUGGUGGGAGUGUACACCUGGCCCAGCGGGAACGUGUACCAGGGCUACUGGGCGCAGGGGAAACGCCACGGACUCGGAGUGGAAAGCAAGGGCAGGUGGACGUACCGGGGAGAGUGGACGCACGGCUUCAAGGGGCGCUACGGAGUACGGCAGAGCCUGAACACGCCGGCCAGGUACGAGGGCACCUGGAGCAACGGGCUGCAGGACGGCUACGGAGUGGAGACGUACGCCGAUGGAGGUACAUACCAGGGUCAGUGGACCGGCGGGAUGCGCCACGGGUACGGCGUUCGUCAGAGUGUCCCAUACGGUAUGGCAUCAGUCAUCCGCUCACCUCUGCGAACCUCACUGGCCUCCCUGCGUAGUGAGCAGAGUAACGGCACCGUGUUACGAGACAGUCUGUCCGAUAGCCCUGCCGGCACUCGUGGCGGCUUUGUGCUCAACUUCCAUUCAGAUGGCGACGGUCCCGAGAAAAAGAAAGGUCUCUUCCGCCGUGGCUCUCUUUUUGGAAGCCUACAGCGGUUGCGCAAAUCUGACUCACGCUCAUCCAUCUCCAGCAAACGCAGUUCGGCACGUAGCGACACCACCAUGAGUCGUAUCAGUUCCAGCGACGCAAAUUCCACCAUCAGUCUCGGAGACGGUGAUGACUACUUGCCUCUGGAGGACAACGUUGAUGCCACCACUACCGAAUCUUACAUGGGAGAGUGGAAGAACGAUAAACGCAGUGGCUUUGGCGUCUCGGAGCGUUCCAACGGCAUGAAGUACGAAGGAGAAUGGUUAAACAAUAAGCGCCACGGCUAUGGCUGUACUGUCUUUCCUGAUGGCACCAAAGAAGAAGGGAAGUACAAGAAUAAUGUGUUGGCCCGAAGUAUCAGGAAGCAUCUAAUACCGUUGAAGAACACCAAGACCAAACAGAAGGUUGAUCGUGCUAUCGAAGGAGCAGUGAGAGCGGCUGCCAUUGCCAGAACCAAAGUAGAAAUCGCCACCUCCAGAACAUCUCACACUCGUGCCAAAGCAGAGGCAGCAGAUCAAGCUGCGCAGUCAGCGAGUCAAGACUCAGACAUUGCCAGAGCCGUGGCCAGGGAGCUCUCACCCAGCUUCUAUCAGCCAGGCCCGGAUUACAUUCGGCAAAAGUACAAUGAGCCAGUGGAAGUGAAGGAUAUCCCAGAGGAGAAUAAAAAGGAGAAAAGUCCAUCAGGUAGUCCUCAUUUCUACCGCAAAGGCACAACGCCGACACAUUCGCCAUCUCAGAGCCCGGGCCCCAGCCCCACUCCUUCACCGGCUCCUGUCAAGAAGACCUUAGUCAGCAGUAAACCAUCUGUCGCUGUCAAUCCCCCAAAGUCAACGCCAACCGAUGAGUCUUUUCCCACAGGUAUUACAAAGGCUGCAUCUAAACUUUCUCUCAGACAGGAAGUGAGGCACCAGCCGCCGACUCUGCCGGCAGUUAAAGCAUCCAUGCCAAUCAGUAGUUACCCGAGCAAUGGGCAGAUCCAUUCCCAGUACCACGGCUACUACGUCAAGGCAGAUGUCAAGAUCUUACCACCUGAGGAGCCAAUCGAUGUAGAAGAUGAUUUUCACCCAUCCAGCCUUGCACGCUUGCCGCCACCCACAAAACAAAUGUGGGCACCAGCGCCUAGUCCUUCCCCGGCCCCACCGAAGGAAAUCACCAAAGCUCCAGAAAGCUCCAAAAUAAAAACGCAGGAAUCAAGCAAACCAAAGACUUUGGCAGAAACUAAGAAAUCAAGUGUAGAAAUUAGUCAUGAAAUUGUAGCAGAAGAGUCGGGUCCUAACUCUAUCUUGGUGGUGCUGGUGAUGCUACUGAAUGUUGGUCUGGCUAUUAUAUUUGUCCAUUUCCUCACCUGACUGUAUUUGAACUAAGAUUUAUCCGAACUUCACGGCCAAGUUUCCCUCCAUCGGGCAGGGACCUUUCAAACGUGGCUCCCGACGUGCAAAAAUGGAGGACUGAAAAUAGAUGAGCCAAGAAAGCGAGAAAAAGAAUGUGGAGCAAGAGGGAAAAAAAAAAAAAAAAAAGACGUGGGAGAGAAAGACGAAACCAACACCUCCAACAUCGUUUUUUGGAUUGACGAGACGGACUCCUUGGCGCUACGGCGCAACCUGAUUGGACGGAGGAUGAUUUGUGCCUCCACUUGGAAGGCAGUGAAAGUUGAAGCAAGUGGUCUCUGGUUGGCAACGAGGGAGAAAACAACACCUGAGCCCCCCCAAGCGUCAGGUUCUCCAGCAGGUUCCCAAAACAAGCGCACACAUGGAUCGGGAAUGUGAGCGAGUGUGAGGGCUACGAUUUCCGUCGCCUUUGCAGUCUUUUGAAUAUGCUUUAUUUAUUAUUGCUCCGUUACCACCCAGCACACAGAAAUUUGAAACCUUUCUGAUUCUGCAAUAAAGUUUAUGUUUAUUCAGCUUAUAUGAAAACUUGUUUUCAAUUCACGCUUUUUUUUUCCAGUCAGACUCGGCCUCACGGUGACGUGCACCAAUUCUGGCCAUUUAUAUUAAGCCGGCUGAGAAAUAUGGCGACCUUGCAGAAUUUUUUUUUUUUUUUAGUGAGAAACAAUUUACCCGAUAUCAACACAAGUGUGCUAAUAUUGUUUGUAUCUGACAUUUGUGUGCGAUGGCGGGUGUGAGCGUUGUGCACUGGAUAUGUUUGUCCGCGUACUUUGACUUUGACGGAUGGCAACAGCUGCCGUACCGUUUUACAGAGUGACGUGUUGGCGGGUGAAAAGGGUCGGAGGCAGGAAUGUCAAGCGCUUGACUGAUUCUCUUCCUGCCGGUCCUGGGAGAGUCUCUAUUUCUACCAGCAUGUCUGUUGAUCUUUUCACGUCUCUUUUAUCUGCACUGUCAAGGCCAGCGGGUUUCCCGAAGGGGCGGGCGAUACGGGAUAUGUUGGUAUCGCUUGGAUUCCAAGCGAAUACGGGGGCCGGUACUGCUGAUACCCAUGCUGAUACCCAUGCUGAUACCCAUGCUGAUACCCAUGCUGAUAUCGUUACUUUUUAGCCCAGCUUCAUUAAGCUCACUGAAUGAUUUCACCUUUAAUUUGUUGAUCAUGAUUAGAAUCAUAAUAAAACACAUGGAAACUGAAAAAUUAGAAAUAAUAUUA